ACUCUUUCAUUCAUUCAUAUGGGACGGGGGGUCAGUUCCCCUGUCAUCCUCUUCUUUGUCAUCCUCAUCCUCCUCGCCUUCUCGGUCAACUUGUGGCCCGAACACCAUGGCGUUACCCAAUCCCAAACCUCUAGACCAGGCGCCCAGUCAAUUUGACCCUAGAAAUGCGACCCAAGAGGAAUGGGAGCACAGACGAUGAGAAGUCAGUUACUUCCCUCUCCCCACCGACUUGGUGAGGGAGAUUCGCCUGUAAUUUCCAAGAUAUCCCUCAACAAAGUCCGUAGCCUUCUCCCUGAAGGCUACAUCCUUCAUUAUAAUCCCGGGUGGCCCAACACAGUGGUGGCUCAUGAUGUAACCCUGUUGGGUUUUCAUGUCAGGCCGUUAGAACUUAGGAGGGGGAAUAAUGUUUUCGCUGCGUCCCCUUCUCGUUGAGGUAUGCCAAGCUUUUUCCAUCCUCCCCGGUUAGCUUACUUCGAAUGCACACCGGCUUCUCAACUGUUUUGUCAACAUUUGUCGGUUCCUUAGCCUAGAUCCCUCCCUGAGGUUGUUUGUGUACAUGCUUGAGAUUCUACCCCAGAGAACCGCAUACGAGGGCUUUCUCUACCUGUAAUCCUGUCAGGGUAGGACUUUUGUUCUUGAUCUGCCCCUAGUAAUAAGAAGUGGAAAUUAUCAUCAUGUUCGUCGACUUCUCGGUGAGAGAAAAUCCCUUAGCCAGUCUCCGGUGGAACGACCAUUUACUCAAUCAUGAGUACGCUCUUCGGGCUGCAUCCUCGGACUUAAAGGAAGCUACCAAGAAACUUUUGGAGGGGGAUCUAGAUACCGGGGAGCUAUUUCAUUUCGAGAGUUGGGUUAGGCGUUGCUUCAACCGGGGGAAAGAGGACGUCUCGGGAGCUCGUGACGCAGAGGGGCACGAGGUACCUCCCACGGACAACAAUGUUGUGGCCGGGUGUUCCUUUAGCCCAAGUUUGUUUUUUAGUAAUCGUUCUUUCAGUACGUUUAUGUUCUUUAUCGGGUUGACUAGUUGAAUUCUCUACAUGCAUGGAGUUCGAUGCGUACGACAUGCUGUCAAAGAAGAACACAAGUCAGGCCUGCCAUUCAAGUUCGCAUCUCGUCCCCCCACAUUCCCGAGAGGAGCAUGCGGCCACACCCACCCAGGCAACCCCCCUUCACCAGGAGAAAAUUCGAGUCCUUUCAAAGGAUCAAGAGAGGUAGACUUCCCGGGAGGUAAAGCAGGCAAAAGGAACAUCCAAAUCCAAGGACCAGGGAGAUAAGAGGUCGGGAGGCGCCCACCAUGGUGAGUUCAAAAAGACCCGAAGGAACCCUCAGUUGAUGUUUUUCCUUCUAGGGGAGCUCUAGUUCGAGAUGAGGCUGCGUCUUCGCGAGGCUGGCUAGAUAGGUUAGGAGAUGCGGGACCGCGUCCUCGAAGGCCGGGAUCAUGCAAUUGCUUGGCUCGAGGGCAUGCUACAAGUGGCCAAAGACGAGGUGAGGGAGAAACUUAUAAAGAACAAGGAAAUGUUGUUUGUCUUUGCCAACCAAACAAAUGAGAUGGCGAAGUUGUCCAACCUGGCCAGGGACGCGGAGGCUGAGAAGAAGAAGCUACAAGAAGAGAACACCUGAUUAAAGGAAGAGAAUAUCUGGGUGAUGGAGGAGAACUCCCAGCUGAGGGCGUCCCUCGAGCGGAAGGAAGCAAAUCUCCGGUUGAGGCCAUGGCUUGGGCGAGGGACCACCAAUCUGACAUUGCUUGGGAGCUCCUCCCUUCUUCGGAAACAACCAUGGUGUUCUUUAAGCUUUUCUUCCAGGAGCCGGAAGGGAGGAAGAUGAUUACUGCUAUCCGUUCCUACGGCUUCAAAGUAGGGAAGAAGAGGGAAAGGGUUGCAACCACGAGGGCUUGGCCUUCCGUGACACUGCGUUUAACCCUGAAACCUACGAGCUUCCUCUCGUGCGAGAAGACGAGCCGACUCCUCUCUUUCCCUUGUCUUAGGGUUAAUUGCCUUUCGUAGCAAAUUUUAUAUUUUGCCUGGGUAUGCCCCGGUU